CCUCGCGUGUACACAGCACAUGUCUGGCAUUUCGAGUUGUCUGUUUUCAUUUGUUGACAAAUUCGUCCCUAUCCUUGAGGUUCUAUAUUUUAUCUACAAGAAUUUAACAUUAUUUCGUGUAGUUUCGAGUGAUUUUUAAUAGGAAAUGGCUGAAGUAGUUGAACUCCGCCGGGAGCGGCUUUUGCCUGAAUAUGAACAAAUGAAAAAAUGUGAUUUGUUCACAGACGAAGAAAUUCGGGCUGUGAUCAAAACUCGGGAAGCUUUUGAGUACAAAAUUAGCCGGCAAAGUAAGACUAUCAAGGACUUCAUAGAAUACAUCACAUACGAGAGGAACCUGAAGUCGAAGGCCUCGGAACGAUGGAAAGCGAUGAACACGGGGUCUGUCUGCCCCGUCGAGACUUCGAUUUCACAUCACAUUCGGAAUCUAUACAAGCAAGCACUCGGCCGGUUUCCUGAGGAGUUACGAUUGUGGACAAAUUACUUGAAGUUUUGCAAACAUGCAAACUUUUUGUCAGAAUGUUCGUCGGCGUUUGAGAAGAUGCUACAAUAUCACGGGGAUAAACCGGACAUUUGGCUCAAAGCUGCUAUGUGGGAGUAUCAUGAGAUGAAUAAUUUUGAUCGCACCAAAGACUUAUUCCUCCGAGGAUUACAAAGGCAUCCUAAGAAUCCUGACAUGUACACAAAAUUUUUCAACGUAAUGUUGAAUGAAGCUUCCAAAAUGAGCGCAGAUUUAGUCCUCGAAGGAAAUACACAAUCAGAACAGUCGAUCGGCUUACAACGGGCUGAAGUGGUUUAUCAAAGUGCCAAAAAGAAAAUCCAUAGUUGUGAGUUCUUCGUAUCUUUAGUCGACAUUGCGACAAAAUUCGAUUUUACGAAGAAAUUACAAAAGGAAAUUUUGAAGUACAUGAUGGAUACCUUCUGUCGAGACGAGCUACUAUGGCAUACUUUAGCGCAAAGGGAACUCAGAGGACAUAACAUGGUCAGUUUGGAUGAAGAAUCGAAUCCUCUGAAAAAAGAAGGUGAAAGUAUGGAAGUGGAGGUAGGACCUGUAAAAAGAACUUUAAGGCGGAAAAUUGAAUUGGCAGUGGAGGUGUAUUCAGCAGCAGUAAGGGAGCUGAAAACGGAAAAGAUGUGGUCUUAUUACAUAACUGCGAUGAUUGAGCUGAAUGAAGACACGUCCACACAGAAAGAAUUUAAGCGAACAUGCUUGGUCAACGCAUUCAAGGGGGCUUAUGAUGCGGAUUGUUUGUCCGAGUUCCAUUACCUCCAUUUUUUGGAAAUAUUACUACAAUCCCCAAACAAUGACGAGUUCAUUCUGCAGGUGCUGAAAAAGGCUGUAACGAAAUAUCCGACUUGCUUAAAAUUGUGGGAACUGUGGAUGCGAUUCUACAUUACCAAAGACGACGAAACGAAAAUUCGGGAAAUUUUCUUCAAAGCCACUAAGAAGUUGGAAGCCGACGCACAUCCGCUUUGGCGGCUAAUGAUCCUCUACUAUCAAACUUGUCCCGAUAAAAGCGAUAGAGUGGAUGAAAUUUAUCAGAGUGCCGCCCGCCAAACAUCAUCAGUUUUCGACAGUUACAAAUCGGACUAUCUUGAAUGGGUUGCCUUGUCCCGAUCUAUGGUAGCUGCACGGAAAGUAUACAACGAAAUGGCGAAACUGCCACCACCGUCCUUAGCGCUGCAUGAAAAAAUGGCAUGGCUGGAAUCUGUGCAGAUCAAACCUGAAAUUCAGUGUUGGCGACAAUGUCAUGAAUACGCAACACAUUAUUUUGGCAAAAUUCAAACGGACGUUUGGAUAAAUUAUAUAAAAUUUGAGCGAGACUAUGGUGAUCCGAAAAAUAUGAAUGGAAUAUUCGAGCGUGCCAAACAAUCGUUGUCUGAAGAGUUGGUGGAUAAUUUUAUUUCAGAACACAACUUGUUAACGACGGGUGUAAUUUAAAGUGAUAAUUAGAAAGUAAGCUAAUUUUUAAGUCACUAGAAUAAGGAAUGUUUUAAACAUUUAACAUGUUUAAAUAAAAAUGUGCUAUAAGA